GUUUUUUUUCACAUUCACCAAUCCAUCUCUCCGGUUUACGAUUCCCAUCAAAGAAGAAACAAAACAAGAAAAAGGAAAAAAGAAAAACCUCUGCUCUGAGAAAUCCCUGCUCUGCUCCUCCCCACCAGUCCAAAGAAGGCAUGUGCUACGCCUUGAACGAGACGGUGGAGAUUUGCAAGAAGGCGGAGCGCUUCGCCGGGGCGUACUACAGAGCCACCGUCGCCGCCGCCAUCGGAUACAGGCGCUACCUUGUCCGGUACGAAACCCGCUACUCCCUCAAGACCGACACCGACACAGUGUACCUGAUGGAGGCCGUCGACCCCGACGAGAUGCGCCCAUUGCCGCCCCAAUUCUCCUACGAGAACCGUAAGCUCAACGACCGUGUCGACGCAUUCAUCGACGGCGCCUGGCGGGUCGGCAGAGUCACCCGCUUCGUCGACCCCAAUUUCUACGUCCGGCUCGAUCACGACGCCCGCCGGCUGGAGCAACAUUGCCCCUUCUACAAAGUCCGCCUCCAUCUCGAGUGGCGAAACGAACAGUGGUUCUACUGCCACGACGACGGGCUUCAGAUCCAGAAUCAGAAUCAGGAUGGGAAUCCGGACCCGCCACAGGCUGACCAGAGUCAACACAAAAAUCAGGGUGGGAAUCCAGAACACGAGCAGAUUCAGGAUCGGACAGAUGAAAUGUUCCGCUGUGCAGUGGGCCUGCCGGACUAUAUUACUGGGAGUCUGGAUGAGCUUCGCGAUCCAUCUGGAUCUGAUGGCGAGGAAGGAAAAAAGCAGCAGCCCAUUGACUAACAGAAGGCCCAUCCGAGGGGUACACAUGGGCUAGUAUGAGAUAGGGCCCAAUUAGAUAGAUAGAUAGAUAUGAGGAAUUUGGUAUAUAGAUGUAGUAUAGCUCCAUCUCCUCAUGCCAUGUGGGGUUUUUUUGGUAUUGAUGGUGAUGAUUCUGAUUUUUUUUUUGGUUCUGGGAGCAUAUAAUUCCACAUCUACACUUUUUGAGAGCAACAAUGUUCAAUAUACAAAAAAGAAAACUUCUUUUCCAGGUAGUUGAGAGAUUGGAAUGAGAUGUCUAGCUAGCUUAUCAUCUAGAAGAAUAAUGUUUCCUUAUUGUA